AUGGCUUUUGUUCAUCCUCACCCUUUUGUUUUCUUACUAAUUCUGCUACCAAUCUCUGCGGUUGCACAAAACGAUGCUGAUUAUGUUAACGUUGGCGACUCUCUCACUGCAACUGAUGAGAACAACACUUCAUGGCUAUCGCCUUCUGGUGAUUUUGCCUUCGGAUUUAGCCCACUGGACCAAAAGGAUCUCUUCCUUCUUUCCAUUUGGUUUGCUAAAAUACCAGAAAAAACCGUAGUUUGGAAUGCUAGACUAGAUAACCCUGUACCCAGGGGAUCAAAAGUGGAACUAAUCACUGAUCGUGGGCUAGUUCUUACUGGCCCUCAAAACGAUGAGUUGUGGACAACUAAUUCCACUGGCACUUUCUUUGGUUUCAUGAACAAUACAGGCAACUUUGUGCUUGAAGAUAGUAACUACAAUAAGUUAUGGGAGAGCUUCAAGAAUCCCAGCGACACGAUGUUACCUGCACAAAUUAUGGAAAGGGGAGGGGUGCUUUCUUCUCGACAAUCAGAGACCAACUUUUCCAAAGGCAGGUUCCAGCUACAAUUGGGUGAUAAUGGGAAUCUUGUUCUCCAAACAAUCAACUUGCCCACUGACAAUCCUAAUGAAGCUUAUUACGAAAGUCAGACCACUGCUGGCGAUAAUGGUACAUUGAGUCCUGGUAAAGAACUCGUCUUCAAUGAGUCAGGCUACAUGUACAUUAUGAAAGAUGAUAACCAAAGAGUUGCUCUGAGACCGGCAAGGGUAGAAUCAACUGCUGAUUUUUAUUUUAGAGCAACUCUCAACUUUGAUGGAGUUUUCACCCAAUGUUCUCACCCAAGGACUUCCAAUGCCAGUGGAAGUUGGAAUCCGAUCUGGUCUGUGCCGGAUAAUAUUUGUGUUAACAGUAAUGCAAAAACAGGAAGUGGCACUUGUGGUUUUAAUAGUAUAUGCACCCUCAAGCCAGAUCGAAGGCCGAUGUGUACAUGCCCCAAGGGAUACUCCUUUCUCGAUCCAAAUGACCCAUAUGGCACCUGCAAACCAGACUUCAUACAAGGCUGUGCAGAAGAUGAGCUAGGUCCUGGAAAAGAUCUUUAUUAUUUUGAAGUGCUAAAAAAUAUAGAUUGGCCAUUCUCAGACUAUGCAUACAUGAAGCCUUAUACUGAAGAUCAAUGCAAAAAGUCCUGCAUGGAAGAUUGUAUGUGUGCUGUUGCGAUUUUCAGAUCAGGUGAUAGCUGUUGGAAGAAGAAGCUGCCUCUCUCAAAUGGGAAAGUCGACAGCAACCUUAAUGGUGGGCUGGCUUUUUUCAAAAUCAGAAACAAUAAUUCCAUCACACUUCCAGAUGAUCGAUUGCCAAAUCCAAAACCAGAAAAUAAGAAUCAGAAUAAUUUGAUCCUCAUGUGGUCAAUGCUUCUCGGUGGUUCUGUGUUUGUUAACAUUAUUUUAAUUGCGGCAAUUUGUCUGGGUGUUUUCUUCAUUUAUCAUAAGAGGCUCAAAAGACCUAUACUAAAUGUUGAUGCUGUGGAGAUGAAUUUGCUAUGUUUUACUUACAAAGAACUUGUAGAAGCUACAGAUGGGUUCAAAGAAGAACUGGGAAGGGGAGCUUUCGGCAUUGUUUACAAAGGAGCAAUUCAAAUGAGUUCUAAUGUCCUUGUGGCAGUCAAGAAGUUAGAUAGUUUGUUUCAAGAAAAUAGUGAUAAAGAGUUCAAAACUGAAGUGACUGUGAUUGGUCAAACACAUCACAAGAACCUAGUUCGACUGCUUGGGUUUUGUGAUGAGGGGUUACACCGAUUAUUGGUAUAUGAGUUCUUGAGCAAUGGUACUUUGGCAAGUUUUCUUUAUCGAGACUCGAAACCCAGUUGGAAUCUAAGAGUACAAAUUGCAGUUGGGAUUGCCAGAGGACUCUUGUACUUACAUGAAGAGUGCAGCACCCAGAUUAUCCAUUGUGAUAUAAAGCCUCAAAAUAUACUUCUUGAUGACUAUUACAAUGCUCGAAUUUCUGACUUUGGAUUGGCAAAACGUUUGAUAUUGAACCAAAGCAAGACUCAUACUAACAUUAGAGGAACAAAAGGAUAUGUUGCACCUGAAUGGUUUAGGAACAUGCCGAUCACAACCAAAGUGGAUGUUUAUAGCUAUGGUGUCAUGCUACUAGAGAUAAUUUGCAGUCGAAGAAGCGUAAAUUUGGAGACAAUUGGGGAACAACAAGCAAUUUUGACUGACUGGGCUUAUGAUUGCUAUCAAGAAGGAAGGCUAGAUUCUCUUGUUGAAUAUGAUGUGGAAGCAUUGGAUGACAGAAGGAAGCUUGUGAGGUUUGUGAUGGUUGCCAUUUGGUGUAUUCAAGAAGACCCAUUUCUUAGACCUACCAUGAGGAGGGCUACACAGAUGCUUGAGGGUGUUGUUGAAGUACCGGUUCCACCAAGCCCUUAUCCUUAUAGUAAGACUAGUUAA